AUGUCUGGCUACAAGAACUUUGCUGUCGUUGGAGCGGGUACUAUCGGCCUACCCGUCAUCGAAGAGCUGCUCAACACUAAGUCCACUGGCUCAAUCGACAAAGUCGUACUCCUCACGCGUCCCGAAUCUGUGUCUAAGUACGACCCCCUCGCCGCUCGUGGCGCGACCAUCACUCCAGUCGCAGACUACAACUCCAUCUCCGAAGUGUCCAAGGCUCUCGCCGGCGUCGAGGUGGUCAUUUCCACAAUUAGCCGCGCUGGCUUCGAACUCCAGAUCCCUAUCGCCAAGGGAGCCAAGGAGGCUGGCGUCAAGCUGUUUUUGCCAUCGGAGUUCGGAUCGCCUACGGAUAAGGCGACGGAAGGCCUGUAUGCGGCGAAGGCAGAGCUGAACAGGAAGAUCCGCGAGGAAGUGGGCCUUCCAACCGCCGUAUUCUUCACAGGAGGCUUUGCGGACGUGACAUGGGGUCCAUUCAUCGACUUGGACUUGAAGAGCGGUAGCGUCGGAGUUGGUGGGGACGGGAGCGCGAAGGCGUCUUUCACGUCGCGCCACGAUAUUGGUCGUUACAUCGCAUACGUUCUUUCGACAUAUCCUCCCGAGCUGUCGAAGAACAAGACCUUCCGGAUUGAGGGCGAGCAUGCAUCGCUCAACGAUGUAUUCGCGCAAUAUGAGAAGAAGCACGGCGUCAAGCUUCAAGUUCGGCACACGCCGAUCGAGGAACUCAAGGAGAAAGUGAAGAAGAAUCCGCAGGAUAUCGCGAGCUUCUUGCACCUGGUUUGGGCGACUGGUGGAGGGGACGUCGGUACUCCUCUCGAUAACGGUCUAUUCCCCGAGUGGAACCCCAAGCCCAUCGUUCAUUACUUGUGA